GGGGCGGCGCGGGCGGCUGCGGGUCGCGUUCCUCCCUCCGCAUUCGCGGGGCUGCUCCCCCUCGCGCGUGCUGUUGGUACGGCCUGCGCCGCCUCCUCCCGUCGCUGGGGUGGCUAACCUCCCCCCGCCCCCCCUCCCCAUCUCGGGUUGGCGGCUCUCGGUGCCGCCCUGGAGAACCAGGUCACCGGCCGGUUCCCUUGAAAACAAAACAGUCGGCGGCGCUGCUGCGCGUAUCCCAACGCGGCGAGCCGGGGCCGGUGGAGCAGCAAGGCGGGGUGUCUGCGACGCGUCUGAGGCCGUGCGCCAUGGGGCAGGCGGGCACGGGCUGUGCGGGGUUUCCCCGGCGCCGGGGCUAGCGUGCCCGCCGCCUCAGCAGCUCGCGCCGCCCGCCUGGGGGACAAGGAGGAGGACGCGGCCUCGGCCGGGCCCGGGCCGAACGGCUGCGGACACCCGGGCGCCGGGACGCCGAGCGCCGCCGCCGCCUCCGAAAUGGAUCAGUGCGUGACGGUGGAGCGCGAGCUGGAGAAGGUGCUGCACAAGUUCUCCGGCUACGGGCAGCUGUGCGAGCGCGGCCUGGAGGAGCUCAUUGACUACACAGGCGGCCUCAAGCACGAGAUCUUGCAGAGCCACGGCCAAGAUACUGAGUUGUCAGGGACACUUUCACUUGUUUUGACACAGUGCUGUAAAAGAAUAAAGGACACUGUUCAGAAAUUGGCCUCAGAUCACAAAGACAUCCACAGCAGUGUUUCUCGGGUUGGAAAAGCCAUUGAUAAGAAUUUUGAUUCUGACAUAAGCAGUGUGGGAAUAGAUGGCUGCUGGCAGGCAGACAGCCAGAGGCUUCUCAAUGAGGUGAUGGUGGAGCACUUCUUUCGACAAGGAAUGCUGGACGUAGCCGAGGAGCUCUGCCAGGAGUCUGGUCUUUCUGUUGACCCCAGUCAGAAAGAACCAUUUGUGGAGUUAAAUCGAAUAUUAGAAGCGUUAAAAGUCAGAGUUCUGAGACCUGCUCUGGAGUGGGCAGUAUCAAACCGAGAAAUGCUUAUAGCCCAAAACAGCUCCUUGGAAUUUAAGCUACAUAGACUGUAUUUUAUUAGCUUGCUAAUGGGUGGAACUACAAAUCAGCGGGAAGCAUUGCAAUAUGCUAAAAAUUUUCAGCCAUUUGCCCUAAAUCAUCAAAAAGACAUUCAGGUGUUGAUGGGAAGCCUCGUGUACCUGAGACAAGGGAUUGAGAACUCACCAUAUGUUCACCUGCUUGAUGCAAACCAGUGGGCUGACAUUUGUGACAUCUUUACACGGGAUGCCUGUGCCCUCCUGGGGCUUUCUGUGGAAUCCCCUCUCAGUGUCAGUUUCUCAGCAGGUUGCGUGGCACUGCCGGCUUUAAUUAACAUUAAAGCUGUGAUUGAACAGAGGCAGUGCACUGGAGUUUGGAACCAGAAGGAUGAAUUACCCAUUGAAGUGGACCUUGGUAAAAAGUGCUGGUAUCACUCUAUAUUUGCCUGCCCCAUUCUUCGGCAGCAAACAACAGAUAACAAUCCACCCAUGAAAUUGGUCUGUGGUCAUAUUAUAUCAAGAGACGCCCUGAACAAAAUGUUUAAUGGUAGCAAAUUAAAAUGUCCAUAUUGUCCAAUGGAACAAAGUCCAGGAGACGCCAAACAGAUAUUUUUCUGAAGAAAUAAUUUAGUUUGUAAUUUGUAAGUGAAACUGAAUUGUGGGUGCAUUUCAGAAGAGAAUGUUCCAUUUAAUGCAGCUAACCAAGGACUCCCGUGUUUAUAUAAGCUAAUGCUCCAGGGACGUUGCCAACACGUUAGUGUACACACUGAGGGAGUGUUCCAGAUAAAUAUGAUCAUAGGGCUCUAUUAUAUUCUUGGUCUUCAUUUCUGAUCAAGUAAAUACACCAGCAGUUGUCAUUCAAUGCAGGUUUUUGUACUUAAUUAUAUGGUAAUUUUUUUACUUUUUAAGAGCAGAAAUGGAAAUUGACCUCCCUGCCAUGUGAUUAGUAUUUCUCCUGCUUUUACUUUUGUCAUUUUCUUGAUAAUUGUAAGCUUUGAGAAUGUUUGUGAAAAGGUUUUAUUUCCUGUUAUGUGUACAUAAUUAAAUGAAAAUUCUUCAGAAAAAGUUUGAAAAAUUGAAUUGUGGUUAUAAAACUUUUUUUUUUUUUUUGCUUAAGAAAGAAAGCUGUGAUAGAUUCUGAGUUUGCUUUUUGAUCUUUUUCUCUGCUCCAGUUCUCACUGAAAAGUCAGCAGACCUGCAUUUGAGCUUUGCUGGUGGCCUGGCUGCCUAUUUUUAAAAUUCCACCAUGAAUUUAGCAGGUUGGUGUGAGAAGUCUUCCGCUGGAAUAGAGUGGAAGGAGCACUGUUGUUUCUUUGCUUUUAUUGCCAAGAGGUGCUUAUUUUAAAAGUGUGUUCAAUAAAAUGAAAUUCUGAAGUUAGAAGUGUUCUUAAGUUGAUAUUUGCUCUCUUGGUCUUAGUAGCCCUGUUCUCUGAAAUUUGCCUUUAGGACUUGGCUGUCUAUUGCAUUUGUAUAUCAUUGCAGACACAGUAUUGUGUGUGUGCGUGUGUGUGUGCACCAGCAUCAAACAUUGUGCAUCUGGAAGGGAAGAAGCAUGUUCCAGUUCUAAAAUGCAGUAAUCAGUCAUUACAUUAAAUCCUUACAGUUAGAAUCUAGCAAAUUUUCUGUAGCGCAAAAUAUGUUUCUUGCUGUUUCUGUAUUUGAGUAGUAUAAUGUUCAAUGCCUCCGCUGCAGCGUGUGUCAGCUCGUGGACUGAGUCUCUGUGUUAUUCUUACAGAGACACAAUGAUCUUUUCUCUCGUGAGGCAUCUUCAUGUAAUGCACUAUCCAGAAAUAGCCAUGUGUAAGAGUCUUUCUCUGUAUGAAGAACUACAUGGAAAAGACUUUUGUGGACAUAAUUUUGACUUACAACCCUUUAAGUACGUCAUCGUAAGAAGAAUGUUAUAUGGAGAUCCCCAAAUAUUUUGGAACAUUAUUUCAUCUGACAUGGAACUGAGCAUCAAUAUAGGAAAACUUCAUGAGACAAUGAAAAAAGAAGAAAACAAAGGAAAGAGAAUUGUGACACUUCACAUUUUAAACUACAGAUUGACUUAGUUUGGGGGGAGGGAGAGAACAGAUUUGGUGCUAAGUUAAUUGGAAAGUGGCAGCACUUGCCAUAGUAUACCAGCCUGGAUGGUUUGUCCUGAAGUGCUUACCUGGGAGAGUUGGGUUUUGUUUGUAAAGUAGAGGGUACUGCAGAGAGCCCUGCUUGACUGGUGUGUGGCCAGGCUUAGGUUGAGGGCUACUGUGUGCUGUGUGGGUGAGCCAGGAAUCAGGAUCAGCUUGCUCAGAGUGCUUGCUUUGUUCAACCUCUCAGCCCCGCAGUACGUUUGCCCCGUGUUUCUGCUUUCCUGUUACAACCCUCUCUAAAGUUCCCCCUCUCUCCACUAAAGCAGUGAAGGAAGAAAGCAGAGAGAAGCUCCUUGGACUCCAAAAGAGAACGUGGAGUAUUCAAGGCAAUACUCUGGUUGAGGAUGUAAAACUGGCUUAUUAUAUAUUUUUUUCCUUUGAAUUAAAACCCAGGGUUUCUUUUUUUUUUUUUUUUUUUAAGCUUUUUUUUGCUAGACCAGAUUUAGUGCUAUUCACAACUUUUUCUCACCUACCAGCAGAAACACCUACAUGGCAUUUGGGCUCCACAUAGGGUUUGAACAGUACAGACAUUGCACUGGAGGCUGGUGGUAAAUAUUUUUGGCAGCCAGAGACUCAUAGUUGUCUCAGGCCACUUUCAAGGACAAAAGCUAGAGCUCCGCUUUGCCCUUCCCCCAGGGUUGGGAAUCCUGUUGGCAGUUUCCUGUGCCAGGUCCUUGUAGUCCUCCUGCUGGCCAGGGUUAGGGCCAAAUAUUUGAAACCCUUGACAUGACGAUUUAACGUGAAAAUUAUGUCUUGUGACCUUUAACUAAAUGUGUGGACUAAAAUUCACUGGUGACUUAAAUGUGAAGGGUAGGUGGAUUUGAAGAGGCCAGGCCUUAACCAAAGAUACUAAAAUAGAAUAUGCUGUCCUUGCUACUCUAAAAACAUCCUCACCAGUGGUGUCAGGUCCAUAGGCUGUGGAUGUCAGCACUGUGGGGGAAUGCUCUUUGAUUCAUCAUUCUCUGCGUUCCACUUGCAAGAGGUCAUGGUAGAACCAAGGUUUUUUACAGUCAGACUAAUUAAAAUAAUGUACAUUGAAAACAAUUUCAGAGUGGUUUCUUAAAUUCCUUUAGGAGCCAUUUCCAUUUGUCUGUCCUGGACUAUGCUAAACCAAUAAAACCUUAUUAGAUCCUUAGAUUCUGAUUUAGCCAGAGCAUCUGUGCUUUCAAGUACAAUCUGAAGUGCCGUGGCUAAAGUUGUCUUUUGAUCUUUUUUUCUCUGUGGUGUGAUCAUCACAGAUGCCAUUUCUGUUGUUUUAGUGGUGAUUAUGUGAGACUUCUAAUACAUAAAUGAACGGGUAUUGGUGCCUCUUGAUUUUAAAAUUUUGAAGAGCCACCUCAUAUUCAUAGAGUGUGUGAGUAUUUUAUGAGUGUAUGAGCAUCUAAUUGAAAAUAAGAAAGUUAUAAAGUAAAUCUUUUGUUUUGAUUUUUCUGUAGCAGCUGUGUAUACAGAGACACUAAAACCCACACCAAAUUAUGUGGGGGAUGAGGAUCCUUUUUUUGUCUCCAAGUAGUUCCGCAGGUUAUGCAAUUACGUUCCGUACUCUUUAUGCUGUGAGUUAUUUCCACCUCAGUGAUUUCAGCCUUUGGGACAGUAGAUCCUGCAAAAACCAAGAACUCUUGGUCAUCUGCACAAGACAAACUGCUCGUAGACAUUAGCCCUCUGGUUUUCCGGUUCAACCUCUGAUGAAGUGGACUGCCAGUCACACUGGUAAGUCUGCGUAGUCAGAAGACUCAGGUUAUUUUCAGGGAAGGCAUGGAGGUAUGAUUUGGUUGAUUUCAUCACUAAGCUGUAUAAAGUGAAGACACAAACCAAAUACCUUUCAUUACUUAACUCAACAUACAUUAUCUUCGCUAACACAUUCUGGUCUUGAGGGAAUGUUCGCAAGGACUAAUGAACACCUGUCUAGCUGUGGUCAGUUUACCAUAAGCAGGUGCAAACUUCAUGGACUGUUUAUUGAAUUAUAAUUGAUUACAUACCAAAAACAAAAUGACAAAUGUAUUUUAAUAGAUGAAGCAUCUAGUUUUAGGGUGAGUUUUCCACUGUCAAUUUUACUGUAAAACAUAGGGAGAGAAAACAAAGCUUUGUUUUCAAGACGUUUCCCUCUACAGUUUUAAACUGCAGUAGGCAUAUGUUUCAUUACUUCCAUAGAGACAAAAGCAGCUGGGAUUGACUUACAGCACAUGCUUUGUUUCCCGUUAUGGGUGAGGACCUACACUCAUUUUAGUAGUCAUUUAAUGUUCUGCAUCAAGGCAGAUGUGGGGUUCACUAGGGUUUAGUGCCUGAUCUUUUCUUUUGGGAAGGGGAGGGAGUGAAUGUAUUGGAGAUGGGAGGGAAGCAGGAGAAAAAAAAUGGGAGUGUGAGUGAGUGUGCAUGUCUCUGAAUUCACCAUUACCCCCACGUGUGUCUAGCAAGGAACAGGUAAUUAAUGUAUUUUGCUCAUGACUGCAGUGUGCAUGUUUCCCCCUCUGUGUUCUCUGAACUUACACUAAAAGGAUUCAUCCAUCUUGUUCAGAUGGCUCAGGAUUGUAUUUCUUUUGCUUACCCUGUGCUCUUGGGUUCUAUAGUAUUUCUAUAAUUAUGUAACAAGAAUAGUGUUGCACUGUAAUCUAUUAUAUAGAGAUAUAUGUAUGGAAAAUUUUGAUCAGUUUUUUAAGCAAUGUAUCCUGUUUGCAAAGGCACAAUAAAAUUGCAUAUUAUAGUCAAUAGGCAAUAAAGCUAACAAUAAACCUUAUUUAACACAAACCA